UGCGUCGUAGGUUAUGUUUAUCUCAGCUUUUCACGGAUUUUUUUGUUAUGUUGGUAGACAACACAUACUAAUACCGAACAUGCAUGAAUAAAACGAAUUGUAUUGCAGCCAUAUUUGUUAGAUAGAUGUAUGGCAUGUAGUGUACCGCAUAUACGAUUGAGAAAUAUGGCAAGUUUUUCAAGGCAUGACACGAACAAAGUGUGUUGUUAUGCACAUCCAGAUGCACCGCUUAUCGAAGAUCAUAGAGCAGGAGAUCAGAUAUGUUCAGAGUGUGGAUUAGUAGUAGGUGAUAGGGUCAUAGACGUGGGUUCAGAAUGGAGGACAUUUAGUAACGAAAAAGCUGGUGUUGAUCCGUCCCGUGUCGGUGGCCCCGAGAAUCCUCUGCUUAAUGGGUCAGACUUGUCUACCAUGAUUGGACCAGGAACUGGUGCUGCUUCUUUUGAUGCAUUUGGUGCUUCCAAAUAUCAAAAUAGACGCACAAUGAGUAGCUCUGACAGAGCAUUAAUCAAUGCAUUUCGCGAGAUCAAUGGAAUGGCAGAUCGUAUUAAUUUACCAAAAACUAUUGUGGACAGAGCUAAUAAUCUUUUUAAGCAAGUACACGACGGGAAAAAUUUGAAAGGACGAGCUAAUGACGCUAUUGCAUCAGCUUGCCUAUAUAUUGCAUGUAGACAAGAAGGAGUGCCGCGUACCUUUAAAGAAAUUUGUGCUGUUAGCAAAAUUAGCAAAAAAGAAAUUGGUAGAUGUUUUAAGUUGAUACUGAAGGCACUGGAAACGAGUGUGGAUCUCAUCACGACAGGAGACUUCAUGUCAAGAUUCUGUUCUAAUCUUGGUCUUCCAAAUAUGGUACAAAGGGCUGCAACGCAUAUCGCUCGAAAAGCAGUAGAAAUUGAUAUCGUACCUGGAAGGUCACCUAUUUCAGUAGCUGCAGCUGCAAUUUAUAUGGCGUCACAAGCUUCGGAAGACAAGAGAUCGCAAAAAGAGAUUGGUGAUAUCGCAGGAGUUGCAGACGUUACCAUCAGACAAUCUUACAAGCUCAUGUAUCCGCAUGCAAGUAAACUAUUUCCAGAAGAUUUCAAAUUUGCAACGCCUAUUGAUCAGUUACCGCAAAUGUGAAUUGAACAACAUUCUCUCUUUGAGCUUUUGGUAUAUAUUUUACUUAUUGCAAGGAUACUUUCAUGUAUAAUAAUAGUAUAACGAAUAUAACAUUUUUUUUAUAGUAUACAUUCCCGAAAUAAUGUUUCGAAAUUAGAUUCUAUAUGAUUCUUAUUUUUGUCGAAUGCCAACCAAAUUAUGAAAUAUGUGAGAUUCCUUUUAGGAUAAUUUAAUUCAAUUAACUUCCUAAUAAGCACAAUAAUGUAUGACUUAGAUUAUAUUUAAUUCGCUUUUUUAUGCACAUUGGACACGUGCUAUAGUGAACUCAUAAGAUAUUUUACAUAUCUCUAUGACCAAAGCAGAUCUCGCUCUAUUUAGUGAUUAUCAUCGUAUUUACUAAUGUAUUUAGAAACAUGCUAGACAUUUCAUUUGGAAUUAUCAAGUCUAUUGAUAUUAUCAAAAUUAUUGAAAAAUUCUUCUGUAUAAAUUGCAUAAAAAUUUCUAUUUUAAUCCAUUGUUCAGUGUGCAAAAAAUGUAUAUAAUUUUUAUUUAUAUUUAAGAGGUGGUAAUGUGUAUAAUGGGAGUAUCAAUGUGCUAUGUUAAACGAAUAUCUAAAGAAAAUGUUCUCCAGCAACUUGUACCUGACAUAAUUAUCAUUACAGAGUAUGCUGGUAAUUAUAAUAUAACAGAUAUCCAUACAGCACAAUGAUUCUUUGUUAGAUUCUUUAUAAAGCACCAAAAAAGGAGCGUUUGUUGCCUUAUCUAUAACGUAAGAGAAACGUAGUAUUAGAAGUAAUUGUACGAAAUAAUUAUCUUUGAAAACAUAAUAAAGAUAACAUAAUAUUUUA